UUGGGCUAAGAAAAACAGAUGAUGCAUUUGGCUCAUCUUGUUCCGUCAUUAUAAACACACGAAUGCCCACUAUUCACGAAUCAUCUCCAUCCAAAUUUAAGAAUGGCAACUAAACAUUGCAGCUUUGUGUUUGUAUUGAUGGAGGUACUGCUGGUUUUAGCAUAUGGAAACGAAUCAGAUCCUUUUGUGCCCAUCACUGUACUGUGGGGGGCAGUUAAGAAAGGAGCUGUUUGUUUGGAUGGAAGCCCACCAGCUUACAACUUCGUAAGGGGAUACGGAUCAGGAGCAAACAACUGGGUCAUUAGUUUGGAGGGGGGAGGCUGGUGUACUGAUAUAGAAUCAUGCACUAGGCGCGCGAAAUCUGGUAUGGGCUCAUCUUUAUACAUGGGCGAGAAAGAGGCAUUUUCGGGCAUUUUAAGCAAUAGGGAGUCCAGGAAUCCAGAUUUCUAUAACUGGAAUCGAGUUGUGGUUCGGUACUGUGAUGGGUCCUCCUUCACUGGAGAUGUAGAAGAGCCACUAGAAAAUUCCACCAUCCCUCUUUAUUUUAGAGGGCAGAGGAUUUGGCAAGCUGUCAUGGAGGAGCUAUUGUCAAAGGGGAUGGAUAAUGCCCAGCAGGCUCUACUAACUGGGUGCUCAGCAGGCGGUUUAGCAACCAUUAUUCACUGUGAUCAAUUUCGAGAUCUCCUGCCAAGGAGCUCUAAAGUCAAGUGCAUGUCAGACGCUGGGUUUUUCCUUGAUUCAAAUGAUGUUGGUGGAGGAAAUUCUGUGAGGUCUCUCUUCAAGAACUUGUCUGCAGUUCAGGGAUCAGUAAAGCACUUACCAGUUGCAUGCACGGUUGGAAUGGAUGACCCAAGUCAGUGCUUCUUCCCACAAAAUCUAUUGAGAUCGAUAGCAACUCCACUUUUUAUUCUAAAUGCAGCCUACGACUCAUGGCAGAUUAGAAACAUAUUGGUGCCAGUUGGAGCAGAUCAUAAUAAUAAAUGGCAACUUUGCAGAAACAACAUUGCAAAUUGUCAUUCUUGGCAAUUGAAUGUAAUGGAAGGUUAUAGAGAUAAGAUGCUCCAUGCAUUAGAAGUAGUUCAGUCAUCAACUUGGGGAGGGAUGUACAUUAACUCAUGUUAUCAGCAUUGCCAAACUAAUUUACAAAACCUGUGGAAUUCAAUUGAUUCUCCAAAGCUGAAGUCCAAGACAAUUGGAGAGGCCAUAGGAGAAUGGUUUUUUGAUCGACAUGUUGUCAAAUAUAUCGAUUGUCCUUAUCCAUGUGAUUCUACAUGUAUAAAUAGAAACUUCACCUCAUAAGAUGAUUAUAGAAA